AUGGCCGCUGCGAUCAAGGCAAUCAACGCGAAGAUCCGUUCCAACAAGGUUCUGGAUUACUUCUGCUCCACGCAUUUCUGGGGCCCUGCCUCCAACUUCGGUAUCCCCAUUGCGGCUGUUAUGGACACGCAGAAGGACCCUGAAAUCAUCUCUGGACAGAUGACCGGUGCUCUGAUCAUUUACGCUGGUACCUUCAUGCGCUACGCUCUUGCCGUUACCCCUGCCAACUACCUCCUCUUCGCCUGCCACACCACCAACCUUGGUGCCCAGCUGACACAAGGUUACCGUUAUAUGAACUACUGGCACUGGGGUGGCCACGAGGCCAAGCUCGCCGCCCAGGCCGCUCAGCAGGGCAAGGACGCCACCGAAGCUGGUGCUUAA